AGUAGGUCAAAAUCAAGUGCAGUACGUGAACGUGAUAUCCUGAUGGACGUGGACGCAAAUCUCAGUCGAACCGUGAAAUCGGAGCUUCGACAAGUCGUGGAUGAAAGUUUGUCCUCGGUAAUGCCGAGCGUGUUGAUCAAGAAAAACGUCCGCUACGACGGGAGCAAUUUAAUAGUCAACGGUCUGCCCUACCCUCUCAAUGACGAUGUUCACAUAGUGGGCUUCGGAAAAGCGGUCGGGGGUAUGGCUUACAUGUUGGCUGAUCUGCUGGGUCCAAGACUCAAGGGCGGCAUCCUCUCGGUGCCAGAGUUGAUGAGCUCUGAACCAAAACAGUUGCAAAUGCUCAAGAGAUCGAAAAUUAUCGAGUACCGGGAAGGUGCGAAAAAUAACCAGCCGGAUCAUGCCUCGUAUUCCAGUACAAAGCACAUUAUAAAGUAUGUGCAAAAUUUGGGGAAAAAAGAUACGCUCGUGUUGCUGAUAUCAGGUGGUGGAUCUGCUUUGCUUUUUGCUCCAAAACCACCCAUGACGUUUGAAGAAAAGCGAGAUCUUUGUAAGCGUCUACAAAAUUCUGGAGCUAGUAUUGGUGAGUUGAACGUUGUGAGAAAGCAAAUGUCGAGGGUUAAAGGUGGUGGAUUGGCCCUAAUGGCUUAUCCUGCCAAGGUGCUGGCACUUAUUUUGUCGGAUGUUGUUGGUGACCAUCUGGAAAUUAUUGCGAGUGGCCCAACAUGUCCUACCCCUGAAGGCAACAGAGUUGAAUCAAUAAACAUUUUGAAAAGGUACAAUCUCUAUCACACUUUGUCCGAGGAAGUGAGAAGAGAAAUUUUUGAGAAAGUAUAUUGCUUAGACACUUCCUUGAUAUCUAAUGGUAAAUUCAACUUUGUGGAAAAUAUUAUAAUUGGGAACAAUGAAAGUGCGCUUGAAGCUUCAGCAAAAGCUGCACAAAAAUUAGAUCUGGAAGGAGUAAUUUUGUCAAACAAGGUUGAAGGAAAUGUUAAAGAUGUCAGUGUUGCCUAUGCCCAGUUAGCUGAAAGCAUUUGUCAUGCUUUGGACAAAGGUUUUUCCAAUAAAGAGGAUUUCAUUGCCGAAAUUUCGAAACACGAUGUUAGUGUUUUAAACCUCAACAAAGAGAAACUCGAAAAAGCUUAUGAAGCUUUCACAUCACUGAGAGAAGGAAAAGGCGUUUUGUUGUUGAUUGGAGGUGAGCCUACUGUUGUUGUUGAAGGAGAUGGCAAAGGUGGUCGAAAUCAAGAAUUGGCCCUACAAUUUUCCCUCGACUGGCUCAGUCAAAUUGCUAAAAAACCAGAAUUGUCCCGAUACUUUGUUGAAUUUUUGAGUAUUGCUACCGAUGGACAAGAUGGUCCGACUGAUGCUGCUGGCGCCUUUGGGAAACCUGGAAUUAGUCCCAAGAUGAAACUGCUGAUGCAAGAUUUAAAAGACGAAAAAAAAAAAACAUUUGAUACCAAAAAAUUACAGGCAAUAGAUAAAAAAAUUCAGGAAGUUACAUCAAUGUUACCAGAGAAUGUUUUGCAAAGAAAUGACACGUACAGCUUUUAUUCCAAAUUUGAAAAUGGCAAAAAUCAUUUGAUAACUGGCCCUACUGGUACAAAUGUAAUGGAUCUUAACUACAUUUAUUUGCGAAAGAGAGAUUGCGAUUGUGACAUCCCUGGAGUAAUCAAAAUCAAUACACCAGUAGAAGUUAAUAAUUUUUUAUUUGAUCAGUCUGAAGAGGGCUGUGAAAAAGACGAGUAAUACAAGAGCCCAAAUAAUAUAUAUUUUCGUACCUUCAUUGUUAUAAAGUAUUUACAAUAUUUUUUAAUAAAUUAUUCUUU